GCCACUCUGUUAUCAGAGUAUAUAAUGGCAACAAAACAAUUUUCUGGAAGGAUAGGUGGUUGGGAAACAGAAGUUUGGAGGAGCUAUUUCCUGAUAUGUUUUGCUCUGGCACAACAUCAGAACAGAACAGUGGCUGAAAUGUGGUCACCUCAAGGCUGGGAGUUGAUCUUAAGAAGAAUGUUGAAUGACUGGGAAAUACCUAGACUAGUUGAGCUUUAUAAACAUUUGGAGUCUUUCCAAGGGCUGAAGGAUGGGUUGGACUGUUUGUGGUGGACUGGGCAUAACAAGGGGCACUACAAAGUGAGUUCAGGCUAUAAGAUCAUGAACAUGACUGAGCCACAAAACUCUAACUGGCCAUGGAGACAAAUCUGGAAAGUUAAGAUACCUCUUAAGGUUGCAUGCUUCAUAUGGUUGCUAGCCAAAGAAGCUGUUUUGACACAUGAAAACCUGAGAAAGAGAAGGAUUACAUUAGUUUCAAAUUGUUACUUAUGUGGGGAAGCAGCCAAGAGAGCGGGGCAUCUGUUUUUACAUUGCAGAAUUACUGAUCAGCUAUGGAAAAUUUUUAUCAAUCUCAGAGGCAUAUCUUGGACAAUGCCUAGCAAGAUUGUGGACACUCUUUCUAGCUGGGAGGAGGCUGGGAUUGGGGCCAGGAAUAGAAGCUACUGGAGGAUCAUUCCAGCCUGCACAUGGUGGACAAUCUGGAAAGAAAGGAACUCCAGAUGUUUUCAGGAUAGAAGUAGCACUCUACAGAAGAUCAAGCAAGACUGUGAAGCUGCUCCUAUCAACGAACUAGUGGAUGUAAUCUUUGCUGCUCGAAUAGCUGAGAAUUGUAAAAAAGACGAGGAUGAUGUUUCUAUUAUUGAGAUCAAAGAAAGGAACAAGGAAUGCAGCACUGAGGCUCUGUUUGGGACCAUGGAGAAGACAUUAAAAUUGCUUGAAAUGGGUUUCUCUGAGAAUGAAGUUUCCACAGUUAUUGAUAAGUAUGGUUCUGACAUUCCUCUCGAAGAGCUUGCAAAUUUAAUUGUAGAUCCUAGUAGUGCCAGAAGAAUGGACAAGCAUCUCUUAAACUCUCUCGGUAGGAAUGUUUCAAUUGGUUUUCAUCCAGUAGCUGUUAAGAAAGAGGAAUAUAGUGAGGAUACCUCUGAAUCUAGAGACCUUAACGGGCUUAACCUACUGGAAAAGCUUAAAGGGAAACGGCCAACCUCAACCUCUGAAUCUAGAGACCUUCACGGGCUUAACCUACUGGAAAAGCUUAAAGGGAAACGGCCAACGGAGAACUAUAUUGAUGAGAAAGACACUUUAAAGAGACCGAAAUCAGAGUAUGAUGAAGCCUUUAGCAGUCCCCUUGGCCCUGCAUUGCAAGAAAUCUUAAGGCCACUCAAUUCCACCAGGACUCCGGUUUCUCGAAGAGCAAUUCCCCAAAGAUCAAGAGUGCUGGAUUGCCAAGACACACCGAAAUUGUCUAUGCCGAAUUCAUGCAGGAGCCUUGAUAAGAUGGUGGCUAAAGCUCCCUAUUUCUUUUAUGGGAAUGUUAUGAACUUAUCCCCUGACAAUUGGGUAAGAAUAUCACAGUUUAUAUAUUCCAUCGAGCCAGAAUUCGUUAAUACUCAACUUUUCUCAGCUCUGAGUCGUAAAGAAGGUUAUGUACAUAAUCUUCCUACUGAAAAUCGAUUUCACAUUGUUCCAAAACCACCAAUGACGAUUCAAGAAGCAGUUCCCAGUAGCAGAAAAUGGUGGCCAUCGUGGGAUACAAGGCAACACUUGAGCUGCAUCAAUUCUGAGACUACUGGUGUAUCUCAGCUAUGUGAUAGGCUUGAAAGAACAGUAAGUGAUUCCCAGGGGUUUCCUGCGGUUGACAGACAGAGAGAUAUCCUCUACCAGUGCCAGAUAUUUAAUCUGGUCUGGGUUGGCCGUUACAAAUUGGCGCCUGUAGGGCCAGAACAAAUAGAACGCAUUCUUGGCUACCCAGAAAAUCACAGUCGACUUGCUGGGAUGAGCCUGAUGGAAAGACUGCUGUCGUUGAAACAUUGCUUCCAGAUAGAUACAUUGGCUUAUUGUCUCUCUUCAUUGAAGUCUCUGUACCCUGGAGGGUUGACAGUGUUGUCAAUCUAUAGCGGAAUUGGUGGAGCAGAAAUUGCAUUGCAUCGUCUUGGAAUUCGCUUAAAAGUUGUUGUCUCCAUAGAAGCUUCUGAGAAAAACCAGAGAAUUCUCAAGCAAUGGUGGAGUAGUUCGGGACAAACAGGAGAACUCGUGCAGAUGGAAGACAUUAGCAAGUUGGCAAGUAACAAGAUAGAAGUCUUGAUUCAGAAAUAUGGUGGUUUUGAUUUCAUCGUAUGCCAGAACCCAUGUACAUACUCUUCUAAAGGUCAUUUAGCUGCAGAUAUCGAUAGUCAUGCAAGUUUGGAUUUCAUGUUGUUUCACGAGUUUGUGCGUGUCCUUCAACGUGUAAGAAGUUCAAUGGAACGCAACUAGUAGUUCUUUAGCUUUAUUGUGUAGGGCACAUUUGGACUGAGAUUCAUAGCAUGUUGUCCUAGUUUAUGACGUGUAACUGUACAAGUCCUAAUAUAUGAAGCUUAAAUUGUGAA